AUCUCUUUCCGUCUGGCAAAGAUGAGGACGCUGAGCGUUGGGCGGCUGUUCCUUGGGACACUGGUAUACCUAAGUGGUUUCUCCUUGAGGACAACUCCGGCUAGUGCGUUACAUGGGGGUUCGCUGGUCGUCAGGUUCCACCACACGGCAGGAGAUGCUCUGAGGAGGGAAGACGUAACGGUUCCAAAGGCCGAUUCACUCUCAAACUCUGAUUCUAUUUCAAAGGCCGAAUCUACUCCAAAGACUGGUACGAUUCCAAAGAAUGAAUCUACCUCAAAAACUGGUGCGAUUCCAAAGGAUAAAUCUACCCCAAAGACUGGUGCGAUUCCAAAGGAUGAAUCUACCCCAAAGACUGGUGCGAUUCCAAAGAAUGAAUCUACCCCAAAGACUGGUGCGAUUCCAAAGAAUGAAUCUACCCCAAGGAGUGGUGCGAUUCCAAAGGCCGAAUCUACCCCAAAGACUGGUGCGAUUCAAAAGGAUGAAUCGACCCCCAAAACUGCUGCGAUUCCAAAUACUGGUUCAGUUCCAGAGGCUGAUUUGACCCGAAAGACAAGUUCUAUUCCAAAGGCUGGUUCAAUACUAAAGGUCGAAUCGACCCCAAAGACAAGUUCUAUUCCAAAGGCUGGUUCAAUACUAAAGGCCGAAUCGACCCCAAAGACUGGUUCGAUUUCAAAGGCAGGUUCAGUUCUAAAAUCUACCUUGGUCUCAAAGGCUCAUUCUGUUUCAAAGUCUAAACCAGUUCCAGAGGCUGAUACGAUUCCUGAAGCGGGUGCAACUGAUGAGGCAGGUUCUGUUCCAACGGUAGAGUCAAUAACAACAACAACAAAAACUACAACAACAACAACAACAACAAAGUCUUCUUUGCUAUUUGAGAGUCGCAUGAACCCGACCAAUGAUGAGUUGGAACGUAACACUGUCGGAAGGCCAAAUCACAUUGAUAGCUCAAUGAACCAGGUCUGGGAGCACGCACCUGAUCGUGGGUCGGAUACUUUACGUCUCGACAACGUCUGCGGCGAAGAAGCUUGUCCAGGAAGUAACUGUGUGCCUGGUCCAUCCCCCGAAAACGGGAGUGAAGAUCUGGAGCGUGUAGAAAAAUCCGCGGUUGAAAAUGGUAACAUAUUUACCUUGUCCAAACUUCAAAAAGAAUUUGACAUAUACAACUGCACUUGGAUCUGUGAUAGAAGUGGAGUUGACUGCUCCAGGCGAAACUUUUUAAGUGUACCCCAACGUUUGCCAAAAACAAUAAAAAUUUUACUGCUGUCCAAAAACAGCAUAGAACUUAUCCAGCCGUGUGCCUUUUGUAGAUACCCAAACCUAACGGGUCUAUAUUUAGACGGGAAUCGCCUGCAAAACUUAUCGGAGAAGAGCUUCCAGAAUCUAACUCGUCUGCAACGGUUAAGCCUAAAAGGCAACUUUCUCGCAAUGAAAAACGGAACAUACCCGGAAAACGUGUUCUCUGAUUUGAAGUCUUUGAAAAUAUUGUCACUGAACAACAACACGCCAUGUACUACGUGGCCGGAGAUGUUUUAUCCGGACCUGGCGUUGUCGGCCUUGUCCAAUCUGGAACAUCUUCGAAUAGACGGUCUCUGUAACAAAUCGUUUGGGCCGGGGUUCAAGAAUUUGAAAGCUUUGAAAAGCAUCGAGAUGGGAGGAAAGAAGUAUGGCUAUUGUACUAUGAAAACGCUAACAAACCGCACUUUCGAAAAUGUUCCAACGAUUAAACAUUUAUUCAUGCGCUGGUGUUCGAUAUACGGGGACCUUGUGGAAGCGGGAACUUUCAAACCUUUAAAAAACCUGGAAACUCUUAACGUUUACGGGAACUAUUAUCUAAAAUUCAAAUACUUGCAAAGUUUGAUGUGGGGUCUGAAAUACUCCAACAAUCUGCAACAGUUGGAUAUCGGUCGAAUCGAAUCGAUGUUCUCCUCGAGCAUCAUUGUGUCUGACGACAUGGUCAAGAAUUUUCCAAGAAGCUUGAAAAGUUUGCAUUGUGUUGAGAACAAAAUUGAACUUCUGGAGAGGUCAGUCUUGUCGAAUCUGCCUAAAGGGUUAAUAUACAUUGACGCUAGUGGAAACAACUUCGCCUACAGCAGUUAUCUCAGGAAUUUGUCCAAACUGGAGAAUUUGAAAACACUUUUGCUGAACGGGAAAAUUACUCUGGAAAGCCUGCCAAAUCAUUUGCCAAAGGAAAGAGGUCCCAACUUUUUCUCCAGACACAACCAGAACUUGGCUUCCCCCCGGAAGCAGCUUCCAUAUGAACACUCCCUGGAUUCAGACGAGGAAGAGUUCUUGCUUCCUCCGCGGUUGGUCAACAUUUCCUUGGCCUAUGCAGGUCUGAAAUUCCGUCUUACAAAAUUUUCUAUAAACCCAAACAAUUCACUACGGCAUCUCAGCAUAUGGGCAAACUACUUCCCGUACGCCACAGGGCCCAUCGCUGGGCUGAAAAACGUAACGCGAAUCGACAUGAACGGGAGCUUUAUUUCCCACCUUAGUACUUCGUUUUUCCAACCCUUUCCGGAGCUGACACAUCUCGAUCUGAGCACCAACUUUUUGAGAGAUACUUACACACCAGGCAGUAAGAUACAACUCUUCAAGCAUUUGACGAAUUUGAAAUACUUAAAUCUAAGUAUAAAUCUUAUUCAGCGACUACCCGAGGACGCCUUCGCAGGACUGAAUAAUUUGCAAAGUUUGGACUUGUCUCAAAAUAGCAUUGAGGACUUCAGUCAGAACCUUUGGAAUAUGAGUCAGUUGAAAUACCUCAGUCUCAGAGCAACGGGCAUUCGUAAUUUGAACUCCGACCUCACUCGUUUCUUCGACACUCGCGGCCACAACCUCACUCUUGAUUUGUCAGGCUGCCCAGUCAGAUGCACUUGCGACAACCUCGACUUCCUUCGGUGGAUGAUAAACUCAAAAGCUUUAAACAAAUCUUUUGAGGGCUACGCGUGUGUUUACAAAGACGGAAUUCGGAAGGGUAUUCAUGAAGGCUAUCAGGGUAUUGUCAGGUUGCUUGACCGCGAGUGCAGCAAUCACUUCCCUCUUUUUCUGUGGGUCUUAGCCUUGACGAUUUUGCUUCUGUGCGUCGUGAUUGGCUUAUUGGUGUACCGGUUUCGCUGGAAGUUGCGGUAUUUCUACUACGCUGCGUACAUCCUGUGCAAGGAGAGAGAGAAGACGAAGGAGGAAGAAUUUCAGUUUGACGUAUUCAUCUCCUACGCCUCGCCGGAUGAGCAGUUUGUGUUACGCUCUGUGGUGCCGG